AUGUGGCUCAUAGCGAUCAUCAUCACACCGGUGGAGCUGUAUAGUGGUACCAUGUUGAGCACUGACCGCAACAAGAACAGACGGGACGCCUUGCGGCUGGAGUUCCAUAAGCACUGGCGCACUGCCAUGCUGUACCUUCUCGAGGGUGAAGAGGUGCUCCGAGAUAUGUCGCUCUUGUUCUGCACCGUCGGCCGGGGGUUCCGCGUUGGUUCUGUCACCAGAGCAGAUCGCUAUGGUAUUUCUUGUUUUUAGGAUUGUUUCAGUGUUUUAGUCUGAUGAGGGAGGGCAUGGACCAGAAGAGAGAGCCAGAAGGGCUGGCGGGUGUAUGCGAGACAAUUUAAAAGAACGCAGACUGUUUUUGAGUCGUGACCUUUUCCCUAAGGACCUCCCUGAAUUUCAACAGCGUGGCGAGCUUUUUGCGGUGGACAUGGUGACUCUUGACAGCUUUCCCGUGCAAGUUGUAACAGAUAGUAACGAAAUAGCCUGACCGUCACGCUUGCGCAUUUUGGGAACGAGAGCGCCUUUUUAUCCAGCCACCUGAUAGCCGCCCAAAG